GUCAAUGGCGAUUUUGCUAACUGUCGGUCUCUGCACAGCGAGCUCCACGACCUCUCCAGGUUCUUCAUCCUGAAUAGCUCUCUGCUCAUUGUUGUGGGUUCUUCCCAGACUCACUAUCUCUUCCAACGUUUGGUCGGACAUCAUGAAGUCUUGUAUUUUGCAGGCAGGGGAUGUAAAUACACAGGCCAAUCAGUUAAAUGAUGAUAUAUUCUUAUCUGAAAUUCGAAGACGGACAAGCUGGGAAUGGUUAGAUGACGCUUCUUGUCGGUUUUCCGCAGAGGGCAGUCCCAAUACGGAUCCUGAGCGUAGGCAAAAAGAGAUCUCCUGGAGUUCAACUAAUAGUGGAUGAGUACAUGCACAAGCUUAGGCACUACUGUGCAGUCGAGGACGUUCUAGUCCGCCCCAAUCCUAAAAAUGCACGGGACGUGCAAGCUCAGGUUGAAGAUGAAGAUGUAGCCGUUACGAGUCUCAUUAGACCCGAAGAAUGGGUGGUGAUGUUGGAUGAGCGUGGUGUGGACAUUAGGUCUGAAAGGAUGGCCGAUUUGAUUGGGGAUGCUGCGAAUAAGGGAGCUUCCAAGAUAACGUUUUGCGUCGGUGGACCUUACGGUCAUGGGCAGAAGUUGCGUGAGCGUGCCGAUAAAUCUGUCAAGUUAUCUUCUCUGGUCUUGAACCAUCAGAUUGCUCUAGUUGUGCUGAUGGAGCAACUUUACCGGUCUUGGACGAUCAUCAAGGGUCAAAAGUACCACCAUUAGGCUUUAUUUGGGAAUGACAUUCUACUCCAACUAUAAAUAAUUAUAUUUAUUUUGAAUAA